UAUUGAUUAGUGAGCGGCCUAUUGAUGAGCACCGGGGCGGGCUGCAGCGGCUCUCCACACGUGUAAACAUUUAAAAGUGAUGACAAACUGCUGUGCUCAUUUGCUGGAUGUUUACUGGGGGAGCGAAGUACCGUUCUUCUGCUCUUCUUUCUUGUAGCUGCGCUGGAAAACGGUGCUCUGUCUUUGCUGUUUGAAAGAUAAGCUAUGUGCUCAACUUGAGGAGAGAAUCAGUCUUUGAACUGCCUUUAUUUUCACCCCCACACAGGCUACAAUGCUGCCGGACACCUACGGGUGCGUCGUGGCGAACAGGUUCGGGGAUCUUCUAGAUGACGAUGCCGAUCCUUUUGACCUGAUCAACCAAGCGGAAACGGAGAAUGAGAAAAAGAAGAAGAAGAAAAAGGAAGAGGAUGAGAAGAAAGCCAAGCUGAAAAGACCUGGCCAGAGAGAGUCCCAGAAGGAGAGACGUGCCCCAAUCGCUUUGGAUCGUCAAGACCCGGUUCCGGUCCGCAAGCAGCAGCAGGCACGUCCUGCACCAGUGGCUGAGAGCAGAGAUGGAGAAGAGGCCCAGUGGGGCAUGAAGAGAGCUGCUGCUGCCGGGCAGCGUAGGGCCAACCAGGACAAACACCCACAAGACUUUUCCAUCUCAAAACCCUUUGACAAUAUUGACUCUGACCUCAAGGGCAGAGGGGGCUUCAGAGGUAGGAGAGGAGGAAAAGGUGGAGGAUAUACAAGGAACACUGACGACUUCAAUCAAAGAGGCAAAAGAGAAUUUGAUCGCCAUAAUGGAACGGGUAUCUGUCCUGAGGAAAAGAGAGGAGGUAGGGGAGCCUGGAAUUGGGGCAGUGUUGAAGAAGCUUCAAAUGAUUUGAUGGAGCUGACUCCUGAUGUUCCAGUCAAGCCAGAGGAGCCCCAAAUACCAGUGGAGGAUGAGAAUCUGAAUCGAGCAAUGGAUGAUGAGGAUGGAGAGAUGGUGGUCCAGGUUGCCAUGGAGAUGACCCUGGACGAGUGGAAGGCCCUGCAGGAGACAAGUCGUCCCAAAACAGACUUUAAUAUCCGCAAAGCAGAGGACAAGAUUCCCUCCAAAGCCAAGGUCAUCCACCAGUCAAAGCACAUGGAGAACUUCAAGGCCUCAAUGGAGGACAUGGAGGAAGAAGGAAACUUUCUCCGCAGGUCUGUGAAUGACAUCACCUCCCUCUUGGACAUCAAUUUUGGGAGUCUUGGACGCCCCAGUCGUGGGGGCCGAGGAAGGGCAGCUCGAGGUGGUCGUCUGGAGAGAGCUCGUCCUAUACUGGAGAAGGAGGAUGGUCUGGCACCUAACCCUGAUGACCCCGAAGACUUCCCAGCUCUAGCAACUGGAAGAUAAUUAAUUUUUUCUUUUUCAUUUACCUCCUGUUACAAAACAAUUUUCAUGUUUCUGCUAUUCUUUGGGUUUUGGGUUCUACUGCACUAAAUGCACUGUUCAAUAAAUGCCUUUGCAAGUUU